AUGGAAUCCGCCGUACACAAUGAUUUGGGUGAUUUGGAAGAUGAUUAUGAAGAAUUAAUUGAACCACUUUUGGAAGACUACCCUUAUAUCUUUGAUCGUGGAACAAAUCCCGAUAAUGAUCCUUAUUCCUUUGACAAAUUCAUCAAAAUAUCCACCUUGAUCUCUUCUCGUGCAUUCGAAGUAGACGCCUUUCACGAAAACGCUCUUGUCCCCUUUGCAGAUAUCUUCAACCACAAGGGAGAAGGCGAACACGUCCAUUUCGAAACUGAGUUCGAAGUCUGUGAUUCAUGUGGUGCCCUUGAAUACUGUGAACAUCAAUACCUCGAUUUCCUCGAAGAUGACGAUCACAGUGACGCUGAAGAUCACAGCGAGCAUGAAGGCGAAUGGGAGGACGCCGAGGAUCUCGGAGACGACAGUGAAGAAGAAUUAAGAGACGAGAUGGGUUUGGACACCGAGUUACCCGAUCUUGAUCAAUUAGAAGCUUCAGGCGUCAAUUUUUGGGACGCUGCUGAAGAAGAAGAGGAAGAAAAGAAAGAUACCUGUGAUAUGGUGUUGGAUCGUGACGUCAAAAAGGGUGAGGAAAUCUUUAACACCUAUGGUGAUCAUCCCAAUAUCGCUCUUUUAAGUAAAUAUGGUUUCUGUUACGAUGGUAACAAGAACGAUUACGUUUCCAUUGGUGAGGACUCCAUCGUCGAUUGCUGUCUUGCCAUCACCGCUGAAAUCUUGAAGGCUAAAAUGCCUAAAGCUUCUGCCGAAGAGGUCGAAAAGGCCGCUGUUGAACUCACUCGACCUCGUUGGGAAUUUUUCUUAAAGAACGAAAAGACCUUAUGUCCUUCCGCUGAAGGCGAAGAGGAAGAGGAAGAGGAUGAUUUCGAUAAUGGCUGUCAAGAAGAUUGUUGCGCCUCCGAUGAUGAAGGUCAUCACCAUGAAGGUCACAGUCAUGAAGGUCACAGUCAUGAAGGUCAUGCCCAUGGCGAUGACGAUGAGGACGAAGAAGAAGAACACGAGCAUGAUGAAGAGGGUGGAUGUUGUGGAGGUGAAGAUGAAGGACAAGGCGGAAAGGGUCGUCCUUACUUUAUCAACUCGGAAGGUCUCUUUGAAGAUAAACUCAUGUGUUUACUUCACGUCAUGUUUGUUGGUGAAUCCACUUUUGCAAAGUUCGAAAAGGAUAUGGACAAUGCCAUGGCUUACUUUGAUGAACUUGCCAAUAGUCAAGGUGAAAACAAAUCCAAGGCUGUGGUGGAGGUGAAGCGUACCAUUUAUCAAGUCUGUCGCGCACUUUGUGAAUUCAGACGUUUAGAAUACCUUGAGGACGGUGAAUGGAAGCCUAUCGAAAAGGACAUCGAGGAACGCAAGAAGGUCGCCGAUCAUUCUAGAAAGUACUAUGCUUUAACAUGUCGUAUUGCUGAAAAGAAAAUCAUUGAAAAGGCCAUUCAAUAUUACGGCGAUUUGGUAGAGGAAUACUCUACUAUCGCUGCUGCUCCUGUCGCUAACAAGAAGAAGCCUAUCAAGAAGACGAACAAGAAGCAAAAAUUGUAG